AUGCAAGCGUGUGAAGUAAAAGAUCUUAUCAUUGAGAAAGGCAAAAAACCUUCCCACAAAAAGAGAAAACGCAAACAAGUUUACUGUCAAAACAUCGACACAGAUGUCCGUGCCCCUGAAGACACAAAUCCAAAAGAUGAGGAAAAUCUAAGAAAGUUUACCAAACGAAUUUGCCACUUAAAACAUACACCUGUCAUUUUGCCCCUGUUUAAAAAACUUUAUGGCUCUCCAGAAAAAGACACAAUCACAGGAGAACCUGGUCACUCUAACCAUAAUCGGCCAAAAACCGGUAUAAUGAGGGCUAAGCUCCUGGAGAUUUUAACUAAUGAUCCCAAAACCUCAACAGAAGAAAUUGUCAAGGUAUUGUCUUUCAGUGAUUCUGAACGAAAGCAGGUUGAGAGAACAACCACCAAGCAAUGGCAAUGUGAAGAGUGGUACCUUCAUAAGACAGGGUUUAUCACAGCCUCAAAGUGCAAAAGAGUUUUUACCCGCCAGGAAACGCUUGAGAAAAACCCAGCUGAAAAUGCCAAAAAGUUGAUAGAAGAAAUUGGUCUUGUGAAGUCAUGUCCACCGCCCAUCCAGGAGGAAAGAGAACCACAAAAUGCCAGGGAGUGGGGGUUGCUACAUGAAGAGAGUGCUCGGAAGGCAUAUCAACGUGUUGCAGGCCACAAUCAUCACAAGCUAAAGCUCAUCCCAAAAGGCUUUUUAAUCUCCCGGUCCAAGCCUUUCCUUGGUGCUAGUGUGGACAAUAUUCAGAAAUGCCAGUGUUCUGAUGGUUGCCCAGUAAGAGUGGUUGAAUACAAAUGCCCUUGGAAACACAGGGAUCUGCACCCAAAACAAGCCUUCUUAACCCCAGAAAUUGGUGGUAUUCAAAACGGAAAUAAGUUUGCACUAAAAUCUACUUCAAAUUAUUACUUUCAAGUACAACUUCAAAUGUUUGUAAGCGGCCUCACCUUGUGCAUCUUUGUUGUGUGGACCAACAAGGGAAUCUUCACUGUUGAUGUACCCUAUGAUCCAAGCUUCAUGUCUGUUGUCUGUGCAAAGCUGGAGAAGUUCUGGACAAGUCAGGUACUCCCUUUCCUAAUAACUGACGUUUCCACGACAUCCUUGCCAGGUAAGUAUUUAUUACAAAGAUUUAAGCCCUAACUUAUUACAUCUAACUUUAUAGUAAUAAUUACUCCAGUCAUUCGGGAGUUUUCUUCUAAUUUACAGUUCAUGCCUGACCCCAUGCUCAGAAUGUUCUUUUUUGUUGUUGUUUUUUUGGGGGGUCUCCCUACGCAGGUUCAUCACAAGAAGCAUUUUGCUCUUCCCAAGAUUCCACCAUUUCAGAGCAAUACAUUAACAGCUCUGCACAGCAGCCCUGUAGCCACUCAGAAGCAGAUGUCAUGACCACUUCACAAGAUAAAAGCCCUGCUGCAGCUACUACUGGCACCUCACAAAGUCCCUUAUAUAUAGAUUUGUCCCAGUGCAGUACCCCUACCCCACCUACAGAGAGUGUGGAAAUCUCUGGACUUCAAAUCUACAAGGAUGAUGUCGAAACUAUUCAACCAAAGGCCAUGAUUACUGAUACCAUAGUUUUGUUUUUGUUCAAGUAA